CACUACUUUGGCACUGAAUGAAUGGUUUUUACGUUAUAUAUGGUGCACUAUAUGUUCUAUAGGGAGCGAUUUGGUAAGCAGCUGAUGGAUCUAUUGUCUUGUUUCCUGUGUUCACUUGUCCACUUGACUUGGAGCAGAAUUGCUACUCACAGGCUACCAGGAGAAGAGUAACGGUUUUUAACAGCUUACUGCUCCGUCUGCUCCAUUACUAAGAGCGUAAGGCGAGGUUUAAUAUAACCAACUAUUAUUUGCCCCCUUUCAGCUCUGCAUAAUGCUUUGCGCAUUUUUUCCAAAGCUUAAAUCGAGUCUUUUCCCAAGAGAGCACUUUUUCAACAGCUUGAACAACAUGAACGCAGUGGAGAAGAGAAAGCAAAAACUGACUAUCUGUGUGUACUAAAGAUGGUGAGAAGUGCUUGUUUCAGUAGCAUUCAGAGGGUACCAGUGAUGGGCUGGGAAGUUCACUGCAGCCAAAACACUUUCUGACAGUUGGAAAUUCACCAAAAAGCAAACCUCCCACAUUGUCUACUGAUGCCACAAUGGCAAGUCUGGCUCUUAAUGAGACAGGGCUGGAGGACUGCGGCAUUGAUGAUUCCUUCAAGUACAAAUUGUAUGGUGUAGUGUACAGUAUCGCGUUCGUGUUGGGUCUCAUCACCAACUGUGCUUCACUCUUUGUUUUCUGCUGUCGUAUGAAGAUACGCAAUGAAACUACUCUCUUUAUGACCAACUUGGCAUUAUCAGACUUAAUUUUUGUAUUUACUCUACCUUUUAAAAUCUACUAUAACAUCAGGCGCCACUGGCCAUUUGGUGAUGGGCUGUGCAAGAUCUCUGGAGGAGCCUUCAUCACCAACAUCUAUGGCAGCAUGCUUUUCCUUACAUGCAUCAGUGUGGACCGCUUCCUGGCCAUUGUUUACCCUUUUAGAUCACGUGCCAUUCGUACUCGCCGCAACGCUGGCAUUGUAUGUGCUCUGAUCUGGUUGCUGAUCCUGGGUGGAGGCAUGUCUGUGACCUUCUUCUCUGCAACCAACCAGGCCAACACCAUCACUACUUGCUUCGAAGGCUUCUCCCAAAAAACCUGGAAGACCUACCUGUCUAAGAUCACUAUCUUCAUCGAGAUAGUGGGUUUCCUCAUUCCGUUGCUCAUCAACCUGGCCUGUUCCUCCAUGGUGCUACGAACUCUUCGAAAGCCAGCUACACUCUGCCAAAUUGGCACCAACAAGAAGCGUGUAUUGCGCAUGAUUGUGGUGCAUUUAGCCAUUUUCAUUGUCUGCUUUGUGCCAUACAACUCUGUUCUGUUUGUUUACGCUAUGGUGCGCACUCAAGCCUUGGCAAGCUGCUGGCUUGAACGAUUAGCACGAAUUCUUUAUCCUGUAACGCUCUGUGUGGCCACCCUCAACUGCUGCUUUGAUCCAGUGGUAUAUUACUUCACUUCAGAGUCUUUUAAGAAGUCUCUGACCACAGGGAAAUGUCAAACGAAGCAGGAAAGUACGCCUCGCACUGAAGGGCCUGUGUCUAGCAAAGAGAACACAGAGACUGAAAAAGUAGAAACUUAUCGUGUGACCAGCAAUGGAAAAGAACGGGUUACAGAGACUCAGUUUUGAGAGGGCAGAAUAUACAUCACCAGUAUCCACAAUUAAGGAGCUUUGAUAAGGUCUGUACCAAGGACUUAGGACUAAGGAUUUUGUUCAGCCAGAGGAAAUAUUUGGAAUUUUAACUUUUUGACUGAAGCCUUCAGGCUGAAUGCUUAAAACUAUCACUAUUUAAAUUUGACUGUAAAGGUCCAACACUGUUUUAUUUUCUCAGUUUAUGGGAACAACAUAUGAUGAAUAAAGCAACUCUACACACAUAGUGGCUAAUAGAAUAUUAAUGAUUAUUUUUAGUCAAAUAGCAAAGUGUCAUACUAUUCAAAUUUUUAAAUAUAUUCAAUCCUAUUCAGGUUUAAUAGAUAUGAACACUGUUUUCUUCUUCUGGUUUUAAAAAAGAAUUAGCACUCCUAACUUAACUGAUAGACAUGAACAGUAUGUCACUGUUAACUGCUAACCAUUUCAAUUUGUUGUUGUGCACUUACAUGCACAAAUGCACUGAAGUGAUGUUCCUUAUUUUUGUAUUAAAUUUUGUGUUAAAUGUUUUUGUAUGAAAGGUAUGAUUGAUGAAAUAUCAGCUCCUAACAAACAGCACUUUUACAUGUGGGAUCUCUGAAUGUCUUUUUACUGUAGCUGCAUAUUAUCAGGCAAUUAAAAAUGUUUAAGACUGA